CGGACCCUGCUGUGAAAGGACGGGCGGCGGCGGUAGAGCAUCCCUCGCCCUCGCCUCAGGGAGGGAGACAAGCGCGUGGCCGAGCAGAAUUCCGCCCUUCCUGGAAAGAGCAGCGGCCACUUUGCACGGACUCUCGCGGUCCGACUUUCUUUUCCGCCCUCACGGCUCGCCCUGCAGCGCCGAGAGACCGACGCGAGGGCGCCCCCACCCCGGACUGGCGAAUUCCGUGCCCUCGAGGCAGGGAGAUGGGCAUCAAAGCUGCCCCGGGACUCCUGGCUCUGGUGGCGCUUUCGACGCUCGGGCGCCUAGCCGGAGCGGGUUGCGUCGAGGAAAGGCGCUGCUGUCCCGGCCGGGAUCCGACGUGCACUGCCACCGGCUGGCGCCUGGACAGAACUUACGGGACCUGCUUCUGUGACGAGGCGUGCGAACAGACCGGCGACUGUUGCCACGACUACACCCAGGCGUGCCCAGCUGUUUCGUGUGUUGUUGGGGAAUGGAAUCAUUGGAGUGGCUGUGCAGAGCAAUGUAAACCCACCUUCCGGAUGCGUACACGUAAUAUACAACAAGAGCCAAAAAAUGGUGGGGAGCCUUGUCCUCCGUUGGAAGAAAAAGCUGGCUGCCUGGAAUAUGCAACUCAUGAAGGGAAAGAUUGUGGAGAUGUUCCUGCAUUCAUAACUACUUCUGAAUAUAGUAAAGAGAGAAAAAAGAUAGCUGUACAUCCAAGGUGGUCUUCAGAAACAGAAGAUUCUAGGAGUUACUGUGUGGAAUUUAAAACAGAAUCAUUGUCUCCUUACUGCUCUAUGGAAACUCGCCCGCAUGCUCGAUGGAUGCAGUACCUUCGAGCAGGCUAUACAGUAUGUGUAAUCUGCCAGGAGCCAGCAAUGCACAGAGAUAGCUAUCGUUGUCCUGGAGAUGGAACUGAUACUGAUGGGAAUGCAAUUCUCCAUUGGCAAGCAGUUGGAAACCCAUCCUGCUAUGGAACUUGGAAGAAAAUUCAGCAAGUGGAAGAAUGUUCAUGUCCUCUUGUACAUAGUUUUAUUUUUACAUAGCAGAGUGAAUAUAUACUUGAAUAUAUUUACCUGAAGUAUGAAAUCUAGCACUGGACCUAUGUAAAUAUUUUAGGCAUUAAAUAAAUGAGAAAUCAAUUUUUCACAUUAGUCUUUUGUAUGAAUGAAUAAGGUUAAAUGAACUAUAUAAAGUUAGUCUUCCCUGAAUUCAGUACUAAUAAUUAUUGUAAAAUGCCAUUAAAAUAGAUAAACUGGAUAAUCAUUUACAUAAAUCAACUUUAAUAUGCAA